AUGAGAGCAGUAGGCUUGCUCCCCUUGCUAAAUGCCUUUACAAUCGAGCAUGGAAGUUCGAAAGGCGAAUUUACAAUAAGAGGGGGCGAUGCGGCCUUUGACUCCAUCGGCGGUUUUCUUUGGGCUGAUGGACGCCAGUUUCACCUUGGAGAUGGAUCACUCGAAGUGUACGCAGAAGAUACGGUAUCCGGAAGGGAUGAAUUCGGCGACUAUGAACUUUUACGAUGGCGAGCAAAGGCGGAAAAUGAGGAAGAGGAAAUUUUGGUCGAAUUUUUCAUCAGAAAUUAUGAAAAAAGAGACAUCAUCGUUUUUGAACAACAUUUUAUCUCCGGACACGAUAGCCAAGCUGUUAGCGAAGAAGACGGGAUGGAUACGAUUUGCACCGCUUUUCCGAUGAUUCGCGUGCCUAAGCUUUGGUUCAGCAAAAUUGAUUUUUGA